CAUCCUGUCCAAGUGCAGUAGGGAUUCAAGAUUUAGGACCCAUUUCCGAAAUUGCACCAAUGCUGCUGCAGUAAGCGCGGGCCUCUCCAUUUCAUAUGCACCGUGUGUCGACGCGUACUGGGACGGAAGGCUCAAUCACUUAAUGCAUAGUGGAAGUCCGUCAGAGUCCGGAAGUCAGCUUCAGAGAGUUCGCUAGUUUUAAUCUUUGAGAUCUCACAACUCACUUCCGUUCGGGUUGCGUUGCCUCUGUGAUCAUGGCUUGGCGGAUGAAUGAAAAAACGGUUCUUCUGUUUCUUGUGAUCGUGUGUGGCUUAGGGGUGACGUCUUCUGAAGGAGUGAGUUCGGUGAUCAAGGUACUCAGUUCUGAGAGUGUGAGUAACUGGAGUGAGAUUGUCAGCGCGACAACGGAGGGUGGAGUCCACAAUGAUGUGGAGCGAUCUCUUAGAGAAGUUCUGAACUUCAGCCGGGAUGAUAUUUAUGCGAUCCGGUCUAGCACCUCUAUAAAGACGAUUUAUUACUGCCAGUCCGCUUUCAAUUCGACGGGCUCCUGGCGAUCGGGAUGGCAGUGCGAAUCGGCAAGGCCUGCACGUCUCCCGGGAUUUUUCCACCACCAUUUCGUCGUUCAUCUGAGAGGAACAAACUCCGAAGGCGAACUCCUUAAGCUCUCCACCAGAAAGUUACACAUAUCUGAGAGUGUGAGUAACUGGUGGGAGAUUGUCAGCGCGGGAUUUUUCCACCACCAUUUCGUCGUUCAUCUGAGAGGAACAAACUCCGAAGGCGAACUCCUUAAGCUCUUCACCAGAAAGUUACACAUAUCUGAGAGUGUGAGUAACUGGUGGGAGAUUGUCAGCGCGACAACGGAGGGUGGAGUCCACAAUGAUGUGGAGCGAUCUCUCAGAGAAGUUCUGAACUUCAGCCGGGAUGAUAUUGAUGCGAUCCGGUCUAGCACCUCUGUAAAGACGAUUUAUUACUGCCAGUCCGCUUUCGCUUCGACGGGCUCCUGGCGAUCGGGAUCGCAGUGCGAAUCCGCAAGGCCUGCACGUCUCCAGGGUUUUUUCCACCACCAUUUCGCCGUCGUUCAUCUGAGAGCAACAAACUCCGAAGGCGAACUCCUUGAGCUCUUCAUCAGCGCCGAAAAGGAACGUACAGGACAAGGAGGAGGGACUUCGGGGAUCUACAUCAACUUAAUGACCGAGUGUGAGCUCCAGAUGCUCGAGGAUAAUACUUUAUUAACCUGGGAUGUUUUCUCGAUCCAGGUGCCGCUCGAUGUUCUAAUCACAAAGCUUUUUGAAGGACAUGAUACAGGCUAUAACCUUGUCAACAAAAAUUGCUGGGAUUACGCGAAGGGGGCGUGCAGAAGUGUAUUCCUGCUACUAAGCCAGCAACCUGGUGCCACCCCUAAGCAGAAGCAAAUCCUCUUAGAGAAGGCUGACAAAGUGAGUCUCCUUGUAAACAGAAAAGCCACUUGGGACGCCUUUAAAAUAUAUGCAA